AUGGCAUCCAAUAUCCUUCCAAUCAAACUCUGGGGAAAAGGUGGUCCCAACCCUCCCAGGGUAGCCAUAAUUCUUGAAGAGCUGGGCCUUCCUCAUGAGUUUCAACCCAUCACCCUCGCAGAUGUCAAAACUCCGGAGUACCUUGCAGUCAACCCAAACGGUCGACUCCCCGCCAUCUACGACCCAAACACUGACCUCACACUCUGGGAAUCGGGGGCUAUCGUCGAAUAUCUAGUGGAGCGCUACGAUACUUCUCGCAAGAUCAGCUUCGAGCCCGGCUCCAAGGAAGCCCAGCUCGCGAGACAGUGGCUUUUCUUUCAGGCUUCCGGUCAAGGUCCUUACUAUGGCCAGGCGUGCUGGUUCAAGAAAUUCCAUCCUGAGCGGGUGCCCAGUGCGCUGGAGCGCUAUGUGAAGGAGAUCAAUCGGGUUUCAGGCGUGGUGAAUGAUUUCUUGAGUAAGCAGGGGGCGGGCGAGGGCGGUCCGUGGUUGGUGGGGGGACGGGUUUCGUUUGCAGAUUUGGCUUGGGCCAGUUGGCAGAUCACGGUGACUAAAUUCAUUCAGGAGGAAGAUGGUUAUGAUGUGAAUAACUUUCCUUUCGUGAAGGAUUGGUUGGACCGCAUGAUGAAACGGGAGACGGUGAGAAAGGUGAUUGAAGAAGGUCGGAAGCUGUAA